AAGUGAGUGAGUGGGUUUCCGCGCGACCGCUCCGCUCAGCCCGGAUUGACAGCUCGCUCCCUCCUGGUGUAGCCGUUAGCUCGGUUGGCUGUACUACCGGCUUCUUGAAUGGUUUAGCGGCGGAAAGCGAAGCACAACUGGGAUGCGAGUGUUAUAAGAAAUCGAGUUACGCUUCUUUUUGUGAGAGAAUACAGGAGCCGCCCUGAGACAAGGUGAGAGGCUGAGUGAAAGAGGGAGCGAGUGAGAGAAGGAACAAGAGAGAGAGAGAGGCCAUGGAGCAGCAGAGACAGAGAUCUCUCUCCACAUCAGGAGAAUCGCUGUACGCUGUGCUGGGAGUCGACAAGAGCGCCACGCCAGAGGACAUCAAGAAAUGUUACAGGAAAUUGGCGCUGAAGUUCCACCCAGACAAGAACCCAGACAACCCGGAUGCGGCCGAUAAGUUUAAGGAGAUCAACAACGCCCACGCCAUCCUGAGCGACGCCACCAAGAAGAACAUCUACGACAAAUACGGCUCGCUGGGACUCUAUGUCGCCGAGCAGUUCGGAGAGGAGAACGUCAACACCUACUUUGUUCUGUCCAGCUGGUGGGCCAAGGCCUUGUUCGUCUUCUGCUGCAUAUCCACCGGCUGUUACUGCUGCUGUUGCCUGUGCUGCUGCUGUAACUGUUGCUGCGGUAAGUGUAAACCUCGACCGCCCAUGGACCAGGAGCCCGAGUUCUACGUGUCCCCCGAGGACCUGGAGGCCCAGAUGACCGCUGACGAGAGAGAUGGCGGUGAGCCGAUUGUGAUGCAGCCGUCCUCAGCCUCAGAAACCACUCAGCUCACCUCUGAUGCCCACCAAAGCUACAGGACCGAUGCAUACUAGACACAAAAACACACACACACACCACACAGUUAACUACGGCUUCAGUAUCACACACACACACACACCAGCAUACCUUCACUCCCAGCCUCCAUCACUGAGCUCUUACCUUUAGUUCACGUUGAUUCUGAUUAAUGUGAAGUGAAGGAGGAGGAGAAGGAGGAAACAUGAAGGAGUAUUUAAUAAAUAAAAAUGAAUAAUUUUAACACUGGUUAGACAACUUACAAUGUCAUGUUUCCCUGUAGGAGGUACGCACAACAAAGUGAUGUAUUUUCCCCCAUUUUAUUUUAAAUUCUGUGUAAGAAUAAGCAUUAAAAACCUCAGCACAAGAAGAAAAUAGUAACAGGGAAAACCUUAGAGAUUAAAUCUGUUUGCAAUAAGGUUUUUUUGUGAGUUUUUGAAGCAAGACGACAACAACGUUUUAGGGAAGUCACAAUUUAUAUUUUUUCUCAAGCAUUCAAAACUGUUUUUGAAUUUCUAUUCACACAUUUAUUUUACUAGUAUGUAAAGUUUUGCUCAGACUUCUUCUGCUUGAUUGCAAGAGAAAGACACAGUAAUAGUAACAGCAUUAAAACCCUUCGAGCUCUGUGGGAAUCACGUCUAUAUACGUGUGUAGCUCACUGUCACACAACAGGUGCACAUAGUUUGCAGACUUAAAGGUUUUUUGCCCCUCUUGUAAGUUUUAUCAGUUUUGCUGUGGCUAAAGGAAAGUCAGAAGGUCUAAUUAUCAUCCCAGAGGGACUCCAUCCUUCUAUCCACUCAAACAAUGUGUUUUUUUUAUGUUAAUGUCCCCUAAAAAUGUCUGAGCUUGACUCUACCUGUGCAGAGUUUGACACUAGAGAGCUGUUUUCACGUGCCGCUGCUGAAGGAGGAGGUAGAUUAUUAGUCACGACUUCAAAAGCAAAUCAAAAGCCGUAAAAAGAAACGUGAAACCUUGAGCACAGAGCGGACUCACACUGCAACAUCAGAGCAGGUAUUACUGUUUGUUUCAGUUACAAGCUCACAAACAAUACAGUCAUGGAAGAAAUUAUUAGACCACCCUUUUUCUUCAAUUUCUUGUUCAUUUUAAUGCCUGGUACAACUAAGGUACAUUUGUUUGGACAAAUAUAAUGACAACAACAAAAAUAGCUGAUAAUAGUUUCAUUUAAGAGCUGAUAUCUAAACAUUAAACGUUCUCUAGUUAUAUUUUACUCUUUUUAUGUCUUGAGAAAGUCGUCGAGUUUCUUUAGGCACAGCAGCAAUCAGUCACAUAAGUUGUUAACACUAUUGUAGAGUUCUUCCUCCUCCUUCUCUUCUCUCUGUUUUUUCUUUCCUCAUUCCACUUUCUCUUCCACACAUGAAGGCUAGAGCUCCCUGUGUUCACACUGAAAUGUGUGUGUGUGUGUGUGUGUGUGUGUGUGUGUGUGUGUGUGUGUGUGUGUGUGUGUGUGUGUGUGUG